AUGGCUGUCCCCGGUAAGUGCCGCGGCUGCUCCUCGCCCCGGGAGCCGGGAGGAGAGGCAGGGUUUCUCCUUGCGCGACGGGGGCAGACGCUGACCCCGCUCUCCGCCGCAGCCCAGCCCGUGAGCGGGCUGUCUGACGCGUUGGCACCGGUGGUGUUCAGCCAGAAGCAAUAUUUUGGUGAUAGUGGUGUUCUCAAUGGAACCCCUGGAGAAUAUGAUGUGCUGAUUGUGUAUGCAAGUGAUGCCACCGAAUGGUGUCAGUACCUCCAGAACCUCUUCCUCUUUACUCGGCAUGUUGGAAAGCAUCGGAUUCUGAGCUACCAGCUGGAAGGCAAAUCUGCCAUCUCCCACCAGGACCUGGACCUGUUCAACAGAAGUCGGAGCAUCAUACUUUUACUAUCUGCUGAACUGGUGCAGAGUUUUUAUCUUCCUCCUGUCCUUCAGAGCCUUCAGGAAGCUUUAUGGCCCCCAUACAAAGUUGUCAAGCUGUUCUGCGGUGUUACAGACUGUGAUGACUAUUUGACCUUCUUCAAGGACUGGUCUCAGUGGCAAGAACUCACAAAUGAUGAUGAGCCUGAUGCUUACCUUGCAGCUGUCAAGAAAGCUAUUUCAGAAGACUCAGGCUGUGACUCUGUGACUGAUACAGAAACAGAAGACGAGAAGAACCCAGUUUACUCCCACAGACUUGCCAUGAGUGAAGAACAUGGAUCAUCCAAGAGCACUGGGGACCAUCUGGUGGUGCAGCCUGACCGCAUACGGUGUGGGGUGCAGACAAAAGUUUAUAUUAUCAUGAAAUGCAAACUAGAUGGUGAAGUGAAAACUGAAGUUGAAUUCUCUCCAGAGAAUGCAUUGCCUGUGCGUUUGCUGGCUGAGAUGGAGAAUGAGUACACUAUCUCUGUGAAGGCUCCAAAUCUAACUUCUGGGAUAGUGCCUCUGCAUAUAUAUUCAGGGGACUUGAUGGUGGGAGAAACAAGUGUCACCUAUCAUACCGACAUGGAGGAAGUCAGCAGCCUGUUGGCUAAUGCAGCCAACCCAGUGCAGUUCAUGUGCCAGGCCUUUAAAAUUGUACCAUACAGCAUAGAAGCACUUGACAAACUCCUGACUGAGUCACUCAAGAAAAACAUUCCUGCCAGUGGCUUACACCUGUUUGGAAUCAACCAGCUGGAAGAAGAAGAUAUGACAGCAAAUCAGAGGGAUGAAGAGUUGCCAACACUGCUUCACUUUUCUGCAAGAUAUGGGCUGAAGAACCUCACUGCCUUGCUGCUUACAUGCCCUGGAGCACUGCAGGCCUACAGUGUAGCCAACAAGUAUGGCCACUAUCCAAACACCAUAGCAGAAAAGCAUGGCUUUAAGGACCUCCGCCAGUUCAUUGAUGAAUAUGUGGAAACUGCAGAUAUGCUGAAGAGCCACAUUAAGGAAGAGCUGAUGCAAGGCGAGGAGGAUGAGUCUGUUUAUGAGUCCAUGGCUCAUCUGUCCACUGAUUUGUUAAUGAAAUGUUCCUUGAAUCCUGGCUCUGAUGAAGAACUUUAUGAAUCCAUGGCUGGAUUUGUCCCUGGUGCCUCAGAAGAUCUUUAUGUAGAGAUGCUUCAGUCCAAACCAGACACUCCAGCUACUGGAGAUGAAAUUUCUCAAACCAUGAAAGACUCGAUGCUCCGCAAGUUUUUGGAAGGCAGUGGUGUGGAUGUGCCAAAUUCAGAGGAAGGAGUUUACCAGCUGUCUGGUGAAGAUGUGUACUACUCAGUGGAACAAGAUACUUUGCCACAGGAAGUGGCUAGCAGACCUCCAGUUCCCGUUCCAAGACCAGAAUCCAGCUCUCCACAGCCAGACAAUGAGCUGUACAUCUCCAAAAUUUUCGCACAGAAAGCUCAAAGACCUGAGAAUCUCUAUGUCCCUAGAGGAAGAGUUAAGAAAGAGACAAUAGUCAGGCCUGUAAGGGACCUAUCUCAGUCAAGCAUAUAUGAUCCAUUUGCUGGAAUGAAAACCCCAGGUCAACGGCAGCUGAUCACAUUACAGGAGCAAGUGAAAAUGGGCAUGCUCACUGUUGACGAAGCUGUACUUCAUUUUAAGGAGUGGCAGCUGAACCAGAAAAAGAGAUCAGAAUCAUUCCGAUUCCAGCAGGAAAAUCUGAAACGGCUACGAGACAGUAUAACCAGGAGGCAAAUGGAAAAGCAAAAAAAGGACAAAAGUGCAGAAUUGGAAAUUACGGUACCCAUUCGACAUUCUCAUAAUACUUUGGGGAAACCAGAAUGUGGAAUAUAUGAAUACACCCCUAGGAAAAACAUUUUACCACCAAGAAAGGAGUUAAGGCGAGGAGACUGGAAAACAGAAAGCACAUCCAGCACAACAAGUAGUGCAAGUAACCGUUCCAGCACUCGGAGCAUCUUGAGCGUCAGCAGUGGGAUGGAAGGGGACAGUGAGGACAAUGAAGUCUCAGAAACAACUAGAAGCCGCAGCCCAGUAGCCCACCGAGCAGAGAGGCUGCCUUUCCCAGAAAGGCCUCCCAGAAUACCUCCUCGAGGUGCAAGCAGGCCUGUAGGCUGUGAAGGCUUUUAUCCUCCACCUGUGCCCCCAAGAGGUCGCUAA